CCCAGAGUCUUUUCUUCCAGGAGGCUCAGCAGCUUUUCUUACUCCUUUGGUCUUCAGAUUCUGGCGCAAGAUGAAAGCCUCUGGUCUUCCCAUCUGCCUUUUCUCUGCUGCAUUUUAUCUCUUCUGGACACCUUCUGCUGGACUGAAGACACUCCGUUUGGGAAGCUGCAUGAUCACCACAAACCUUCAGGAAAUGCGAAAUGGAUUUUCUGAGAUACGAGACAGUGUGCAAGCCAAAGAUGAAAUCAUUGAUAUCAGAAUCUUGAGGAAGACUGAGUCUUUGCAAGACACAAAGCCUGCAGAUCAGUGCUGCCUCCUCCGCCAUGUACUGAGACUCUACCUGGACAGGGUAUUCAAAAACUAUCAGACUCCUGACCACCAUAUCCUCCGGAAGACCAGCAGUCUUGCCAACUCUUUUCUUACCAUCAAGAAGGACCUCCGGCUCUGUCAUGCGCAUAUGACAUGCCCUUGUGGAGAGGAAGCAAUGGAGAAAUACAGCCAGAUUCUGAGUCACUUCGAAGAGCUUACGCCGCAGGCAGCAGUGGUGAAGGCUUUGGGAGAGCUGGACAUCCUCCUGCAAUGGAUGGAGGAGAUGAAAUAGGAAGAGAGUGAGGACCUUACUGGCAGUAGUGCUGGCCAAGAGUCC